AUGUGGACGAUAUUAGAAGGGUCCGUGAGCAAGCCAGUCGACAUCUCUGGCGUUGAGGCUAGUGCGAGCGCCCCUAUUGCCAGCGUUGCAGAAGAGACGACAGCGAGGGCACAGACGCUUGAGCCCGUCCUGUCCUCCGAAGGUUUCUAG